AUGCCUCCCGUAUCCUCUCAGAGACGUCUGUCCUCCGAAGACCCGUCGCUUUCAGAUGAAGAUGUCGGCCUUCUCUACCAGAUCAUCUCCCGCGCCGAGGAGGAUCCCGAGGUCGCGCGCCUACCGUAUAGAGUACUGUUCAGAGCAUACGACGAGGUCAUUGCAGAGCAUGGCGUCGAUGCGGAUCCAGGAUAUGCCUGUAUGCGCUUCUUGCUCAAGAUGGGAAACAAAAAUGUCGUAGGCGAUACUCUGUUCGAGAAGUUUGAGACCCUACUGGAGCAAAUGGGGAUCGUCCUUGAGAUAGGCGAAUACAACGAAGGCAAUGAAACGUACACGGAGAAUGUACCCUCAGUUGAGCCCCGUCUGAGGACUCGAGCCGACCAUUCCCGGCCAAGAGAAGAUACGUCGCAUACGACUCGACGAAGACGGGCGUCAUUCAAUUCGGUGUACGACAUCGGCGAUGACCCAACGCAACGAAGCUUUGUGAAUCGUCCGAGCUCACGCUCCUCCUUGUCACGACUGGAGACGGGUAAAUCAGAGUUUCUCGAACCGCGACGGACGCCUCAGCCUGCGACGCCAGCCACGAGAGAAUCCGAGCCGUUUGACAGGACUCAAUUGAUUGCGCAGUUUCUCGAUGUUGGCCGCCGUCUGAUUGAUGGCAUGGACUCUUUGAAGAAAAAUAAGGACUCAGAAGACCAGCCUGUGUCUAAUGGAGUGGAGGCUAGAUCUGCAGUUGACAGAGACCGAUCUCAGCGAAUCGCCGAAGCUUCCAGAUCUCGCAAACCCCCUUCCAGGAGCUCGAAAGCGUCCGACGAAGAUGUAGAUGACUCGUCGGCAAGCUCCCAAGAGGAUAGUGAACCCGUCGAGCGACCGCAGCUCCCACUGGAGAUGCUGUAUCGGCCCUCAUUGUCAGACCUGUUGCGUGAUGCAUCGACCUUCAAUAUGUAUCGCCAGCGAGCAAUUAACCGCCGCAUCCUUACACAAUGGCUCAAAAAAGCCAUUCAAGCGCGGCAAAGCCAUCGAGAUAUGGAGGUUGUUGCUGUGAACCGUGACAGUUUCACCCUCCUUCGCCAGGCUUUCCAAACAUGGCUGUCGAUCAUAAAGGAAAAGCGACGGGCUGCGCAGACAGAGCGGUUUUUCAAACACCUAGAGGAGCGUGCUGGACGUGCUCGAGAUUUAUUUCUAGUCACCAAAGCGUUUACUCACUGGGCACAGGUUGCCUCGGAUGAAGUUGCGAAGACUUCGGCUGCCCGAAGGCAUAUCCUCAGCGUGAAGUACUUCAAUGCUUGGCGGGAAAUAACCGCCGUCAAUGAGCUAAAAGCCCAACGCUUUGCAUUGAAGCGACCGUUCAAAAUCUGGAAAAAGAAGACCCACGAGGUGCGACAAAUAGAGGAGAAAGCGGUUACCUUUUAUGACGAAAAAACGAGACAUGAUGCUUACUGGAAAUUGUUUUGGUCUUUUUGCGAACGCCGGGCUCCUCAGUGGUAUGACUUUUGUCUAAAGAGACGCGCUCUGCUGUACUGGCUACGGAAGUUUCGAACGAACAGAGAACGCAUUCAUGAGAUUGAUGUGAAGAACAGACGACUCGCACUGGGCUCAGCCUUGCAGAUGCUGGCUGAAAAAUCCAAGGCGAUUGCGUCGAGUGACCAGCAAGCGGUGUCGAUGCAGCGCCGGAAACUUCUAGACACCAAUUUUCACGAAUGGAGAAUCCAAUCUCAGCUUGCUCCUGCUGCAUCCCGUGUCACGGGCAUGGUCGACACACACCUUCUCCAAGCAUCGUUUACCCAGUGGGCGGAGCGACUUCAGAUGCUCAAGCAAGCAGAAGAAUUUGACCGGCAAAGGCUUAUCCGCAGAUCUUGGACCACGUGGAAUGACCUUCUUCGAUGCCAGGCCCUCACUGCGCGUAUUGACGAACGCCUGAAGAUGGAGUCGAUGUAUAAAUGGAUUCUAGCCGAGAGGUUCCGUCUGAUGCAGCGGAUUCGCGACCAACGCAUCUCCCGCGAUGUUUUCUCAAACUUUGUGACGAAUGUCCGCAGGACUUAUUCUCGUCUGCUCGACAAUGCGGAGAUGCAUGAGGAACAUCAAAACGAAGAAAUCCUUCGUUCUCGGCUAUUACGAUGGCGAGACCAGACCGCGCUUCAGCGGGAGAGAGAAUUCAUUGCGUUUGAAUUCUAUGCACCACGCCUCCUGCAAGAAUCUCUUGUGGCCUGGCGGUCGAAGAACCAACAGGUUAUCAAGCUUGAGGCAUGGGCUCGCAAUGCGCAGUUCUAUUUUCUCGCAACAAGGUCGAUCAAACGAUGGCACACGGCAAUGUUAGAAUCUGCUAAGCGACGUCGCCAGGAGGCCUAUGCGAAGACUCGAAGAAUGAUCAAGAUAAACCUCGCAGCCAAGGCGCUGACCGCAUUACAUGAACGAGCCAGCCAUGUUGCUGACUUGGAGCAACAAGCCUUGCAAUUUCGACGAAGGAAGCUGUUGGAUAUUUCUUUUGACCUUCUUGCGCAGUGGCAUGAGAAGACCGCAAAGCAAAUUCAAGAUUAUCACGAUGCUGAUAUGUACCACUUCCGGCAAGCUGCUUAUAGACAGUUGAUCCGCCUGGCCGAGGCACUUGUCCAGUGCCAAACCUUGGAACAACAGGCGGAUCGGGUAUAUCAUGUGCAUAUGCUGGGUCAGGCAAAUUCUCAACUCCGAAAGCUCAGUCUUCGCGUAUUCCAGAUCAAGAGCACCGCGGAGACCGCACAUGCUAUGCUUGAGCGGAAUUUAAGAAGACAUUCGCGCAGCAUGUUCCGUCAUUGGGUGGAAAAGACACGAAUGCGCCUGGAAGCCCGUGAUUCCCCAGGACCCUUGAGAAGUCCUGUCAAGAACUUCGAUGGACCGUCGGGAAUGAGAACUGGCCCAUCAAUCUUCGACCCUUGGGAUCAUCAGAUCGAGACUCCGUUCAAAGCCACCGACUUUGUACCGGACUCUCAGCCUCGAGGCACUACCCCUCUGAUGACCCCCAACUACAUGACUUCACCGUCCAAACGAGCCGCACGGGCUCGAACAUUAGCCCAAGUGUCGACUACUCCAGCAACUCCAUUGCACACGCCGUUUGCCAGCCGGCUUUUGCGAGCGGGAAUCACAGCGCCUCGGACUAACUCCAGCCGACGCGCGCCCACUGGACGAGGGAGCUCGAUGGCCACGAGUGUUCGAUUUGUGGAUGAGGAGCCCGAAUCCCCUACAGAGGGUAGAAGAUCGGGCAAUCGGCGGCCGUAA